AUGUGGAUUGUGGCCGGACCUGGUAUUUUUACCCGAUUUUCAUCAUUCGGAGUAAGCGUCAUUAGCCAGGCAUUUGUUGGCCAUAUUGGCUCCACAGAACUUGCUGCCUAUGCUCUGGUGUCUACUGUUCUGCUGAGGUUUGCCAAUGGGAUUGUGGCACAGAGUAAGAACAUGAUUAUUACAUACUUGGCAGCGCUGUCGCUAUCAAUGCACGUCUUUCUCUCAUGGCUUUUAACAGUUAAGUACAAGUUUGGGAUUACCGGCGCUAUGGUAUCCACAAUUUUGGCAUACUGGAUCCCUAAUGUGGGUCAGCUAAUAUUUGUUCUCUCUGGAGGAUGUCGGGAAACAUGGAAAGGUUUUUCGUUUCUAGCUUUCGAGGAUCUUUGGCCAAUAGUCAAGCUUUCUUUAUCAUCUGGUGCAAUGCUCUGUCUUGAACUCUGGUACGACACAAUACUGAUUCUUUUGACUGGAAAUCUGAAAAAUGCCGAGGUUGCAAUUGAUGCUCUUUCUAUAUGUCUUAACAUCAAUGGUUGGGAAAUGAUGAUUUCUCUUGGCUUCUUGGCUGCAGCAAGUGUUCGUGUCUCAAAUGAGCUUGGAAGUAGGAACUCUAAAGCUGCGAAGUUUUCAAUCAUUGUGACAGUGUUAACAUCAUUAGUCAUUGGACUAGUUCUAUUUGUAUUUUUCUUGUUCUUUCGUGGACGUCUAGCUUACAUCUUCACUAAAAGUCAAGAUGUGGCCAAGGCAGUUGCUCAUUUGUCGCCUCUCCUGGCAUUUUCCAUACUUUUGAACAGUGUUCAACCAGUUCUUUCUGGUGUUUCCAUAGGGGCUGGACUGCAGAGCACGAUAGCAUAUGUUAACAUAGGAUCCUAUUACAUCAUAGGAAUUCCUGUUGGAGUUGUGCUUGGUUAUGUUAUCAAACUACAAGUUGAAGGUGUUUGGAUUGGAAUGAUAUUUGGCACACUUGUCCAAACUAUCAUACUUGUAAUAAUAACUUCCAAAACUGAUUGGGAUAAACAGGUGGCUAUUGCUCAUAGACGGGUUAAUAGAUGGUUUGUGGAAGCUGAAACCGGUACAAAUUCGAGGUCAACUGCCUGA